CAACUUUUCCCACGUUGACAUUAUCUCCGUGUUCAUUGUAAAACAGGAAAAUCUUUUAAUCGGCCUGUUUUAUCAAACUGAGAAUGAUAUUUAAGUUAGUUUUGUUCGUUACUGUGUACUGUGUACACGAAAUAUCUGGACACGGUUACAUGUUAAAUCCUCCAGGAAGAAGUUCUAUGUGGAGAUUCCACCCAACAGCAACACCAAAUUAUCAAGACAACCAAAUUUUCUGUGGGGGAGCAUACGUUCAAAAUGAAUUAAAUGAUGGAAAUUGUGGUGUAUGCGGUGAUGCAUACACAGAUCCCCAUCCUCAGGAAAAUGAAAACACUGGAAAGUACGGCCAAGGAAUUAUCGCCGCAACUUAUGAAGCAGGUUCAGUUAUUGAUGUUCAGAUUCAACUAACUGCAAAUCAUCUUGGCAAUUUUACAUAUAGUCUUUGUCAACUUGAAGAUCCCAAUGCCCCUGAACCAGGUGAAGAUUGUUUCCAGGACUUACUACUUGAAGAUGGUUCGGCUAAUUAUCGAGUAGAAGAAAAAGAUUAUAUAAUAUAUAAUAAAGUUCAGUUGCCAGAAUUUAAAUGUGAGAGAUGUGUUCUUAGAUGGACUUACAAAACAGGAAAUAGUUGGGGUAUAUGUGAGGAUGGAGAAUCCAGACCAGGAUGUGGCCCUCAAGAACAUUUCAGAUCGUGUGCCGAUAUUGCAAUUGUAGAAAAAUAAACAGGACCAAAAAUAUUUCACAUGAAUUAAAACUUACCAAGUUAGGCCUUUGGUUAUCUAUAAUAACAAGUACUAGUUUAACAACAAAUAUACAUACCAGUAUGGAAUUCGCAGUUACUUUAUAGAAAUUCAUGUUCAAUAAUAAAACGAAAUACAAAAAUACAA